AUGGGCGGCCCACCUCCCUCAGGUCUCCGCGCUCCUUCCCUCCCAAGUCUAGAUCCGUCCGCAUGCUCCGAUCUGCCGAUAAUCUCCCUCUCGCUCCCGGGCGGAUGCCGACCCCCCUCCGCUCAACCAGCGCACCCGGUACCAUCAUGGCCUCCACGAGGCUUUGAUAUGCACCUCGGUCACGUGUGGCGCUUGCGCGUACCCCGUAGGCCCCAUAUAGCGCCCUGGCCGCCUUGCCUCUGCUUGGUGCUCUGGUCUGUCUCGGACUUUUCCCGUGGUCUGUCGAUGACUAUGCUCAGGAUGGGACAAUUCAUGGAAGAUGGACUGGACAAGCUCAUUGCUAGCAAAGAGAUGUCUUGUCCGACGUUCGUACCGCACACAAGACGGAAAUCAAACGAGAACCCAAAGAACCCACUCUGCGCCUCACUCGAAGAUUGUGCACUUUACCUGCUGGGCACUAACCUGCCGCCCAGCACCUGGACUGGCGGAUGCUCAAUUACCGCUUGGACGGUCUGCUGUGCUCUCUCUGACGGAACUACCCUCAUACGCAUGCACGAAGCGCAAGAGUUCCGUAAUGCACGUGGGCAGUUCUGGCGUCGUGCGUACACCGCGCUGCACCAAGCCCAAGUACACGAGCGAGUCGCAGUACUCUUGAAAGUCGCAAAUGCGGAUGUAGUCGGCUGGGACGGCUUUCAUUCGAUGGUGACUCCCGCGUUGAAUGAGUGGUCUGCCAGCCAAGGGAAGAACUUCGACGUCGAGAAUCCUGACGGGACGCGGAGGGACGUUGUCGCCCUGCUCAAGUUGCUCGAGAACGGGGAGCGUAAGCUUAUGUAUACCGACCAGGAGCUGGAGGACGUGUUACUCAAGUAUGAGUAUAUGGUCAGGGACGGAAAGGGGAGAUGCUAUGGUGUCUUCCCUUUGUUUGAAACGCCUUCCAGCAGUGGAAGUGACGCGGAAACAACGAGCUCAGAUGAAUGGGCAUUAGCUUCUUCAAGCUCGAAUGGUCAAUCGCGCACUACAUUCUAUCGCGCCCCGCACGAGAAGACGCUUUAUCUUGUAGCUCAUACCCUCGUAGGAGACUCUUCUUCGGAGUCAUCACGAAACGCUACAUGGUCUCUCGCAUACCCUACUCCUUCCCUGCGCCUGCGUCCUCUGCAGCUACUGUCUUCCACCGACAGUGUGUCCUACGCCUGGGGCCUACCCUUAGAGGAAACAGGCCUCCGCCGUGUCAUCCGCCUGUCCGAACCCGGCCGUUUCCGCCCACGCGAGUUGAAGCAGCUACUUACUCUCAAGCUUGGGGAAGUCCGCUACCUCUCCGAGACGGACAUGAGCAAACCCGGAGCCUCCCCUGUGCUGGCGCAAGAUAUAAGUAGUAUAUUCCGGCUGGUGCAGCAUUUGGGAGGGGUGACCUUCCUUCCCGGCGUUGUCGACCUCGAGCAGGAACUCGCUGCGCUCGAUCGGGCAGUUGCCGCCGAGCUUUUUGCCGAAUCUGAGGAACGUUUGUGUGGUGCUCGCCGGGAGUCUGCCAAGCCGCCGAGUUGUCAGAGCUUGGAGGUCAUGUUCCAGUUUCUUUGUCAGUGAUCCACAUAGAUGUGUGAGC